AUGAACCGCGGCUGCGGCGGACGAGCGCAGAGGCAGUCCACGAGGGCGCGGUCGGCGGUGUUGGCCGUGAACAUAUUAUUGUUAUAGGGCCAAAACAGGCCAAGUGGUGUGGACGUUGUCGUCGCGUCGGCCGUUUUUCUGGCCGCGCUGUCCCCUAAUAUAACGGCGAGUGUGGUCGAGCAGCCGGCGGCGUGGGGGGCGCGUCGAGCAAGUGCAGCUGGUGGUGCUGCUGCUGCCGGAGCUGCCGUCGCCGUCGCCUUCGCCACCGCCGCCGGGCCGCUGCGGACGCCGCGGCAGAGACCGCAGCAGCAGCAGCAGCAACAGCUGCAGCAUCGGAUGCCAUUGACGACUGUCUUCCAGAACAGUAUCGAAAGUCCGAGUGCGUCUCUUUGCAACAGAUUUGCGGUAGGACUACUGCAAUAGUGUCAUCUUCCUCAUCGUCGACGAUAGCCGCUCCCGGACAAGUAGAGCAGCAACAACUUCGGCGACCGUCUGAGUCGCUGCCGACCGGAUGCCAAUUGUUAUCGUCACACCAACCGCCCCUGAGCACCGCGACCGCAGACCGGAAUCCAGCACUGCAACCACUACCGCAGACCCUCGUCGGCGAAGAACAGCUGCAGCAACAGCAGCAAUCGUCACAGUCCUCGUCUGCGUCAGUCACAUCGCCGGGCCGGCCGUCGGACGCGUCCACCAAGCAGCAGCAACAGCAAUUACACGACAUCGAAGAGGAAGAGGACGACGAUCAAUUGACAACGACGUUGGGUGACGACGACUGUCCACUGUCCGGCAGUUCUUGUUCGCUAACCGUCCGGAAGACGGCCAACAGCCCGUCACCGACAUUCUCGUCUGGUCAACCGGCGGCCACAGCGUCCUGGGCAAAGGCGGCCGCGCCCGCCGUCACAGCGGCGGUGGCCACAUCGUCGUCGGCCGCCGAACGCAAGCGCAAGAAAAACCUGCGCACCAAGAGCGUUACGAGCACUACCAGCUCGGAUACGUGCGGCAGUGGUGGAGCUACUGAACGCGGUAGCUUCGCCGUCUUAUUGACUAACCAAGCGGCCGCAGCAGCCGCUAUCGCCAAGAUGCAAGCGGAACAGGGCAGCAUCGGCGACCUACAGAAGUAUCACAAGUUCCUCCGGAACCGCAGACACACGCUAGCCAACGUUCGGUAAGUACAUUUUAUUAUAUCGUGUACAGGAUGAUCGACAUAACACUAUUAUCGUUUAUUAAGCCGAAAGAUCUGGUAUUUCCCAGGUACAUCCAAACAAAAAGUUCAUAAAGUUGUUCAAAUAAUUGAAAUCAUGUCUGUUUAA